UUGUUUUUCUUUAAGACAGUUCUUGCUCCAACCAACGUCAUCAAUGUCCAUCCCCGCUCUGAGCAGGAGUCAGUGAAAUCAGUGGAGUGCAUAGAAGAACAAUGCAGUAACGAUGAAGAGUGGGAAAUGAAGCUAUUCGAGCGAGUAAAGCAGGAUCCUACUGUUCCAGCACAUUUCAAAGCUACCUUCGCGAUCCUCGUUGCCAAUAAUCGCAAUCUUCGAGAGGAGAAAGCAUUCUUGCAUGCCCGUUUAGGUUUGGGAUAG